UAGUAAUGAAUGCAGUAUCUACAUGCAGCAGGUGUACUGUUCCUGACGCAGUCAGUUCAGCCGUCUGCUGUCAUCCUUCACACGGGCUCACCGGUUAUUUACCGGGCAACAGUUGCAUCAUUUGUCAACCGGUGCGUUACAACAGCCCUACUUUGCAAUACCUCAAGAAUACAGAAUAACGCAUUUGCGCGCGCACGCUACACGUUCUGUUGGUUCAGCUCCUCGUCGCGGUGAGUCAGUGAGGCGGGAUCCGCGGUGAGUUCGCGCGAUUGGAUUAGUCGCUGUGCGUCGGUCAGUCCUCGUUCUGUUGGCGGUACCGGGCGGCAUGAAACGGAAUGCGGGCAACGAUUAAAGUCGGUCAGAUAGUCACAGAGACCGAUACUCGCGUUCGCGUCUUUAUCUGUUAGUGUUUCCUGUAAGGCUGGAAAGAUUGACGCGUUAAGAAGAUUAUUCGGAGGCAGCGCGCUCCCUGGAAGCACCAUGGCCAGGGGAAGCGAGGAAUCUGUGAAUGGAUCAUGGAAAAAGCAAGUGGAUGACAUCAGGAAGAUAUUUGAGUUUAAGGAAAUCCUCGGGACUGGGGCGUUUUCUGAAGUGGUCCUGGCCCAGGAGAAGGCCACAGGAGAUAUGUACGCUGUGAAAUGCAUCCCAAAAAAAGCACUAAGAGGAAAAGAGAGCGGAAUAGAAAACGAGAUUGCAGUGCUGAGGAAGAUCAAGCAUGAGAACAUUGUGGCACUGGAAGACAUUUACGAGAGCCCCAGUCAUUUAUAUCUUAUUAUGGAACUUGUGUCCGGUGGGGAGUUGUUUGAUCGUAUUGUGGAGAGGGGCUUCUACACAGAGCAGGAUGCAAGUGCGUUAAUCAAACAGGUUCUGGAUGCAGUGAACUAUCUGCAUUCACUGGGGAUAGUCCACCGAGACCUGAAGCCCGAGAAUCUGCUCUAUUAUAACCCACAUGAAGAAUCCAAGAUUAUGAUAAGUGAUUUUGGGCUGUCCAAGAUGGAGGGCGCAGCCAAUGACAUCAUGUCAACAGCCUGUGGGACGCCGGGAUAUGUGGCUCCAGAGGUUUUAGCACAGAAGCCUUACAGUAAAGCCGUGGACUGCUGGUCUAUUGGAGUCAUUGCAUACAUCUUGUUGUGUGGAUAUCCUCCGUUUUACGAUGAGAAUGACUCCAAAUUGUUUGAGCAAAUACUAAAGGCAGAAUAUGAAUUUGACUCGCCGUACUGGGACGACAUUUCUGAUUCGGCUAAAGACUUCAUUAGUAACCUGAUGCAGAAAGAUCCAGAAAAAAGGUUCAGUUGUGAUGAGGCUCUUCGGCAUCCGUGGAUAGCUGGUGAUACUGCGCUCUGUAAGAACAUCCACGAAUCAGUCAGCCGACAGAUGAAGAAAAACUUUGCGAAAGCAAAAUGGCGACAAGCGUUUAAUGCUACUGCAGUGAUCAGACAUAUGAGGCGUCUUCAGCUUGGCAGCAGUAUGGAUUCCUCUCAACACAGGAAGCAGAAUCCAACAUCCAUGCCAGGGAAGAGUCAAUCAGUUGAUGUUUCUUCAGUCCACCGCAAUGACUCCCUUGAAGAGGGUGUUAUCUUUGUCUAGGUUCGUCCAUGGAAGCGGCAAACUCUUCUUCGAGGACGGGAACGCCUGAGCGGCACGCGCGGCCAUCCACGGUCACCACCAUCAUCACCGGCUCAAAAUGACAUUACUUCUUGUGAGACCGCUCACGUGACUGUUGCACUUUGUGGAAAAACGUGUUUUCUUCUAUUUAACGGUAACUUCCAUUGUCCACAGUCGAACACGUUUUCCUCUCUGGAAAGCCAGUGCCGCGCUAUACCAUGAGACUGUUUAAAAAAUAGCGGCCUGUGUAUUUAAGGUGACCGUUUUACCGAGUAAAGCUCAUGACUUGAAUGUUUAUGUGGCUGUUGAAUGGAGAUUACGAACCCUGAGUUGAAGAACAUCCGCUUUGGGUCGUAAUAGAUGAUAAAAAGUUGUGCAGAUAAAUUCAUUAAUUAAACAGUUGUUGUAACUUUUUGCUGCUGUAUUUCAAGCUGCUGCUGUUUUGAAGAACCAAAUGAUAAAGGAUGUGAGAUUUACAGAAUGUCUAACUUUAGAGAAGUUGAUGUAGUUAAUAGAGGCUUUAAACCAAUAGCCACGUUUAUUGCCAUCCAGUACGUAUAAACUUGAAAUUCGGUCCUGGAUGCGUCUGGCAUUUAUUAAUGAGUGAAUGAAGGAUGUUAAAAAAAAUUAAAAAAAAUGGAAAUGGGCAGUUUAAUGAUUUUAUCAACAUUUUGUUAAUAUUGAGAAAAGAUUCUGGAGUGAUUUGUGUGUCAAAAGGUAUAAAAUGGUGGUUAAAACCACUUUUUAAAAAGUUUUUUUGUGUAUGUUUUGGAUUUAUUUUGUAAGCUUUGCUUUUUUAAAAUGACUUUUCGGCAUUUACAGUAUAAUUUUGUUCACACUUUACAUUGCAGUGAUUGGUACGUAGUAAUAUUUUGUGGAAACUGAAAUAUUUGUUGUUAUUAUAACUUAAAUGAUUAUUAAUUGGAAUAUAGACACUGUAAUAUAAACUGUUAUCAUAAUUUUUUUCUUUUAAUUGUGACUAAUGAAACUGAAGAACGCUUGACCCAUAAUGUGUUUGUUUUGUAACAGAUCUAUAUGAAAAGUACCAGCUUCAGUGACGGACAUUUGUAUUUGCUGUGUUUCAGUGGAGCGAAAAUGCCUAAAAUUUCACACAUCGUCCAGUGUACGGAUGCGAACAUCACAGUUUUCCAGUUUAACUAAAGCUGUUUUGAUAUGAUGUGCCCACUGAUAUACGACCGUGAGAGAUUCAAACAGUUUCUGCUCUAAAUCUUGCAUGUCAUCAUGGUCUUCAUACCAGCCCUCUGAAUUUAGCAGCUACAUGCUGGUUCUUUCAUUCAGGUCGCAGAAAUGAUGUAAGCAGUGUUUUCUUUUCAGUAGAUGUGUUCUGUGAUGAGUGUUUUUGGUGAGUGUAUGGUGAGUUGAUUUCAAAUUUCCAUUAAACACAAAGAUAACACAG